AUGAACUGCACCUCUCGGACCGCACCAAGCAUCCUUCCCCCUCCCCUUCCUCGUUCUCUCCGCGUUCAACUAACUCUGACAGCUCUUCUGAACCGUCACUUUCAUCCUCCUAAUCCUCCUCCUACUUCUCCUCCUUCUCCUUCUGUUCCUAUCUUCUUCUUCCUUCUCCUCCUCCUCCUCCUCCUCCUCCUCCUCCUCCUCUUCCACUGUCCCAUCGACGACUGCUCAGGCGGUCGUCAGGCACAUAAACAACCCUGA